UAGACACUGUGUGUACCCGUGAAAAAGAUGGUUGUGUUUGUAGGAGGGUAUACUUUUGGGUUCCUAGCAGCGGCUGUUUGCGUUGUUCUGCUGACAUAUGUCACCUACCAGCUGCUGAAAAACUACCUGCACAAUUGGAAAGAGCUGAAGCCUGUGCCAGGCAUUGGAUACACUUAUCCAUUUAUUGGGAAUGCGCUGCAGUUUAAAUCAAAUGCUGGAGAUUUCUUUUGUCAGUUGGUUGGCUACACAAAUGAAUUUCGUAAUUCUCCUCUGCUUAAAGUAUGGAUCGGACCUGUGCCGUUCCUCAUCCUAUACCAUGCCGAAACUAUUGAGACAGUGCUGAAUAAUCCUAUUCACAUGGAUAAGGCCUACGUAUACAAUUUUCUGCACCCCUGGCUGGGAACAGGACUACUUACAAGUACAGGAGAUAAGUGGAGACGCAGACGUAAGAUGUUGACUCCAACAUUUCAUUUCUCUAUACUGACUGAGUUCCUGGAGGUAAUGAACGAACAGGCAGAAGUGCUCAUUGAGAAACUAGAGAAGCAUGCUGGAAAAGGCCCAUUCAACUGCUUUAACCACAUCACUCUUUGUGCUCUCGACAUCAUCUGUGAGACUGCCAUGGGAAAGAAGAUCUAUGCACAGAGUAACUAUGACUCUGAUUACGUGCGGUGUGUCUACAGAAUGAGUGACAUCAUCACCAGACGCCAGAGGAUGCCUUGGUACUGGCCUGACAUUGUCUAUAAAUACUUUGGUGAAGGCAGAGAACACAACCGAAGUCUGAAGAUCCUACACUCCUUCACAGAGAGUGUAAUUCAUGAGAGGUCAGAUUAUCUCAGCUACAUUGAGUCUGACAGCGAAUCAGAUCAAGGGAUGAAGAAAAGGAGAGCUUUCUUGGACAUGCUUUUGAAAGCAACGGAUGAGAAUGGGAAAAAUCUAACUUACAAGGACAUCCAGGAGGAGGUGGACACAUUCAUGUUUGAGGGUCAUGACACUACAGCGGCUGCCAUGAACUGGGCCGUACACCUGUUAGGCACCCAUCCCGAAGUUCAGAAAAAGGCACAGCAAGAACUCUUUGAGGUGUUUGGUGAGUCUGAGAGGCCUGUUAACACGGAGGAUCUGAAGAAACUGCGCUACCUGGAGUGUGUAAUAAAGGAGGCUCUCCGGCUCUUUCCAUCAGUGCCAUUUUUUGCUCGAGCCAUCUGUCAAGAUACACAGAUCAAUGGCUAUAGAGUCCCCAAAGGAGCAAAUGCUAUAAUCGUGACCUACGCCCUCCACCGUGACCCUCGGUUUUUCCCCGAGCCUGAAGAAUUUCGUCCCGAGCGUUUUAUGCCAGAGAAUUCCGUUGGUCGACAUCCUUACGCCUACAUUCCUUUCUCCGCUGGCCUUCGCAACUGCAUCGGCCAGAGGUUCGCUAUAAUGGAGGAGAAGGUUAUUUUGGCUUCUAUCCUGCGCAGCUUUAACAUCGUGGCGUGUCAGAAGAGGGAGGACCUUCGCCCACUGGGUGAACUGGUGCUGAGACCAGAGCAAGGCAUCUGGAUCACGCUGGAGCGCAGAAAAAAGUUGAACCAGUUUUAACCAAUAAAUGCCUACACGACGCACAGCUAUACAAUAUACACACACAUUGCUGUUUAGCAGUGCAGUAAGCUUUGUAGCUGAUUAAGUUGUACAAUUAGUACAAAAUUUGUUUAGCAACUGAUUUGUACAAAAUGCAAUAAAAAAGUUACGCAAAUUCUCA